UAAACGUAAUCACGCAGUUUUUCGCCGUGAGACUUAAGUUUUUUCAUAGUUGAGAAAUUUCGCCGCCGUUUGAAGAAGAAGAAGAAGAGAUGGGAGUUUUCACUUUCGUUUGCAAAAGCAAAGGCGGAGAAUGGACCGCAAAGCAACACGAAGGAGAUCUUGAAGCUUCAGCUUCUUCUACUUACGAUCUCCAGCGCAAGCUUGUUCAGACUGCUCUCUCCGCCGAUUCUUCUGGCGGCGUUCAGUCUUCUUUCUCUCUUGUCUCUCCUACCUCCGCCGUCUUCCAGGUGAUCAUUGGUGGUGGUGGUGGUGGAGGAUUUGCUGCCGGAGGUGGUGCAGCUGCUGGAGGUGGUGGUGGCGGUGAAUCUGCCGCAGCCACAAAGGAGGAAGAGAAGAAGAAGGAAGAGUCUGAAGAGGAAGAAGGAGACUUUGGAUUUGAUCUCUUUGGUUAAGAGACCUGAAGUAACUUUGUUAGUGUUUGAGGUUUUUUAUCUCAUUUUCUUUUUGUUUUCUGGUUUUUGAUCUUUUUGAGACUAUAAUGUAAUGUCAGAAAUAUAUGUUAUUGUUUCUGCUUUCAAUUCGUAUUAUGCAAACACAUAAGUUUUAAUACAUAACUCCUUUUCAUA